GCGCGCGAAACCUGGAACAGGAAGUGAGAGGAGCUGACGGAAAACGGCGGCUAGUUUGUGACUUGAAUCGUCAAGUUAACUUCAAAAUCUGCCAACAUCCACUAUAUUAUGGCUGACCCGAAGGAUCAGGAAGAGCACGAAACCACUCCGGAAACAGCCGAAGACUCCAAUCAUGACCCUCAGUUUGAGCCAAUCGUGAGCCUUCCUGAGCAAGAAGUGAAAACUUUAGAAGAAGAUGAAGAGGAACUUUUCAAAAUGCGAGCUAAACUCUACCGGUUUGCCUCUGAAAUUGACCCGCCCGAGUGGAAGGAGAGAGGUACUGGUGAUGUCAAGCUGCUCAGGCACAAAGACAAGGGCACAAUCCGCCUCCUGAUGAGGAGAGAUCGUACUUUGAAGCUUUGUGCCAAUCAUCAGAUUGUACCGAUGAUGGAGUUGAAGCCCAACGCUGGCAGCGACAGAGCCUGGGUGUGGAGCACACUAGCAGAUUAUGCCGAUGAAGAACCCAAACCCGAACUUCUGGCCAUACGCUUUUUAAAUGCAGAAAACGCUCAGAAGUUCAAAGUGAAGUUUGAUGAAUGCAAAGAUGUGGUCAGAAACAAACUAGAAGGAUCAGACAACACUGGUAGUGCAAUCAAAGUGGCAGAGAAACUGGAGGAGCUCUCGGUAAAAGACAAGAGAGAAGGUGAAAAGGAGACGGAGAAGAAAGAGGAGGUGAAGGCCGAGGAAAAGAAUUGAAGCAAGAACUUUCUAUACCGGUCUUUAAAGUGAUCAGUUUUCCUCCUUUUCUACAAUAGACUCUAAAUGAACUGAAUUUGGACACUUGAUGUAUUAGUUUUUUUUAAUGAUUUGUUUUGCCUCACAAGUCCUUGAUACCACUUUGAGAACCAAUCAAAGUAGUGAAGUUAUGAAAAUGAAACCCCCACGCCCUUUCUUCUCCAAUUGCUUCAAAACACCAGUGGAUUGCCAUACUUUCCAAUUAUGGUCAAAACUUAAAUGUUACUUGUGACAAACUGUGAAGAGGCUUGUGAUAGACAUAAUUCCCACAUUGGGGUGUUAUUUUUGUUUUUUUUUUUGUAGGGAGAGGAUAAUGUAGCCUGCUUGUUAGCAGCACAGGGUCAGGGACCAGGUGUCAUGGAAGAGCAUUUUCUGUUACAUCCCAUGAUGCAAUUCAGCGGGCCUUCUUGCCCCGUCCAUGCUUCCGCUGUUCCUGGCUUCAAGUAAAUAAGUGACUUGUCAGUGGAGGCGUGUAGAAGUAGUUCUUGCCAGGCCCAUUGUCAUCACAUGUGUGGCGCCAAUAAGCGGAGGGUCACACGACGGUUUACGGCCAUCAGAUGCACUUAGCUGAUUUAUUUUUAUUUUUUUUAAACAUCUGAAAGUUUUUAAGUCCAAAGUCAACAGUUCUUCAGUUUGCUAUAGAGCCACUAAAAAUUAAGUUCCUGACCAGGAACUCUCUACGUAACAUUCCGUGACUACGCAUGUAAAAUCUGCCCCUCGCCAUCUUGCUCACCUCCAUUUCUUCUCACCAUUUCUGAACCUCGAAAAUGCAUCCAAGUGCCAGUGCAUCUGUAAAUACUUGUACAUGGAUGAAAUGUUGCUUCUCAUUUGCACUCAAUGAUUGGAAAUGUUUCCUCCACUUUUGAAUAAAACACUGUCAACCA